GACCAAAAAAAAAGUUGGUUUCACUGACACAAUAAUAUAGGUUUCAUAAACUAAUCAUGAUCAACAAAAAUAUUAAAAUAAUAAAAUGAUGAAAAUGGCUUGGAAUCUAAUCAAUAUAUAUUUAUGAGAGAAACUCAAAAUCUAAGCAAAACCCUUCUCGUCUUCUCUCUGAAGCACACACACUCACAUGAUAAAAACUCUCAGAGACAGCUCUUCUCAGUUGAGAGAAACCUGAGCAAAAAAAAUGUCCAAACAUCUUCUCAUUCUCCUCUCGCUUCUCUUCAUUCUUAUUAAUCCCAUUUCCGCCUCUCAAAUUAUCCAAAAAUUCAAAGAAGCCCCACAGUUUUACAAUUCAGCUGAUUGCCCCCUAAUCGAUCCCGGAGACGACAACGACGAUGACGUGGCAACCAAGCCAAUCUUCUGCUCCCGCCGAGCCGUCCACGUGGCGAUGACACUCGACGCAGCCUACAUUCGCGGCUCAGUCGCCGCCGUCCUCUCCGUCCUCCAACACUCCUCUUGCCCCGAAAACAUCGUCUUCCACUUCGUCGCCUCCGCCUCCGCCGACGCGUCGUCUCUACGCGCCACCGUCUCCUCCUCCUUCCCUUACCUCGACUUCACCGUCCACGUCUUCAACGUCUCCUCCGUCUCCCGCCUCAUCUCCUCCUCCAUCCGCUCCGCCCUCGACUGUCCCCUCAACUACGCCCGGAGCUACCUCGCCGACCUCCUCCCGCCGUGCGUCCGCCGCGUCGUCUACCUGGACUCCGAUCUCAUCCUCGUCGACGACAUCGCCAAACUCGCCGCCACCGAUCUCGCCGGCGACUCCGUCCUCGCCGCGCCGGAGUACUGCAACGCCAACUUCACCUCCUACUUCACCUCCGCGUUCUGGUCGAAUCCGACGCUCUCCCUCACCUUCGCCGACCGCGAGGCGUGCUACUUCAACACCGGAGUGAUGGUGAUCGAUCUCGCGCGGUGGCGCGAGGGCGCGUACACUGCACGCAUCGAGGAGUGGAUGGCGAUUCAAAAGAGAAUAAGGAUUUAUCAGUUAGGUUCGUUGCCGCCGUUUUUAUUGGUAUUCGCCGGUUUGAUUAAACCGGUUAAUCAUAGGUGGAACCAGCACGGUUUAGGGGGAGAUAAUUUUCGAGGGUUGUGUCGGGAUUUGCAUCCUGGUCCGGUUAGUUUGUUGCAUUGGAGUGGGAAAGGUAAGCCGUGGGCUAGACUUGAUGCUGGUCGGCCUUGUCCGUUAGAUGCGCUUUGGUCUCCGUAUGAUCUUCUUCAAACGCCGUUUGCUUUGGAUUCUUGACCAUUUUCGGUUUACUUUUUAUAACGGUACAUACAUACUAUAAAUAUACAUGUGAAUUUUUUUGUUUGUAUAAUGUAAAUCUAUUCAUAAAUCGUGACAAACAAACAAAAAAACAUUUUGGUUCUGUUCGUUCGUUGUUGUUUUCGUCGGUUUUGUUUGGAGUAUACAGAAAGGGGAUUUUUAUAAAAUGGAGGGGACUGAAAUUACGCGAGUUUAGAGGCCGCAAAACGCUGUGUUUGCGUUUGUGUGUUGGAACAAAAUAAAAAUUUGAAUAACAAUGGUCUGUAUUAAACCGAUGUUCAAAAGGCAUGUUAUUGAGUAAAAGACAUUUACUGUUUGUGUCA